AGAAUGAUUAGUAGCAGUAGCUUUUACCUUCAGAAAAAGCUAGUCACAGAACUAUCAAUAGAUGGGCAAAACUCGGUAGUUCGCUUGCUAUGUGCUCCAUUUGCAUUCCUUUCUUUUGUUAGCGAAACGAAUGCCGUUGCUAGAACCUUGGCAUCUGCUGUGGCAUUCCUUGAAGGGUUCAGCACUGAAAACUUAGAAACAGAGGUGAGUUUUGAACAGAAUGUGGUUGGAUGCUAUUCGAUUCAUAGCCGGCUUAAACUUGUCCCGUACAGAUCUACUAUAAAAGCUUCCUCCACGCAGCGAUCUGUUCAGAUGCCUGUUUCGCCUCAACUAUUAAGGAAUUCAAGUUCCCAAAAGGUAACUAUUGUUCAGAAAUCAUGGAAUGAAGAACACGUAGCUGAAAAGCUUCGAAAGGCGCUCUCGUCCCCCUUUCUACAAAUUGAUGGUGCAAUUGACACUCUAUUGAGACAAGCUGAUGCACCAUGUGCCGCCAAAAUAGUUCUAGAAUUCUGCUCCGAAGCGGGUAUUUUGGUUUCUUCUUCGACCAUUAUCGAUAUUUUUGAACGCCUAAAGACCGAAGACUUUUUUCUUGCUAAUCAAAUAGUUAAGCAGUACGAAUCUGAGUUGGAAUCACUUCCCAAUAUGUGUGAUAUGUCGAGAAGAAAAGAUUUUUAUUUUACAAGUAACAACAUUCAUUCUGUCCAAUCCAAUAGCUUAAGAAGUAAAUCUAGCCGUUCUAGCAGACUUCAGAGGAUAAGAAAGUCUAAAUGAGAUGAGAAGCGUAGUGUUACCAUCAUUUACUAUAUAUAGUAUAUACUCUUUUUAA